GUAAACUGUUGCCAUCGUAUUGAAUUACAUUAUACAUAGAUUAUGAUAAUAUAUUACUUUACGUAGUAUUUUUAAAGAAUUAUGCUUGAAUGUGCUAGGAACAGCAUCGUUAAAGUAGGUACCAUACUAAUUCACCAUCAAGCCAAUAAUAUCUUAAAAUAUAUUUUGUGGAUUAUGUGUGGGUUAACAUCAACAACAUGGACGUCAGAUGGCUAUUGUUUCUCACCCGUUUAGAUAACAAAAGCAUUCAGGUAUAAAUAGUAACAGUAUCAAGUUGCUAAUGGAUCUGCCUUUGUGCUAUCAAUCAAAAGUAGGGGAGGUUUCCUAUAUAAGACGAGGUGGUAAGUUUCUACGCAUUAGUAUUUCGAGGUUCCCGAAGUGAACAGUGGCCAACAUGGUAAGAUUAUUUUAUUUAUAAAUAUGUGCUCAAUACAAUAUUAACGAUUUCCUAUUCAUCAGUUUAAAAUAAUGUCCCAUUUCCAGAUUACUAGACCUUUAGUAAGGCUACUUGUAUGUUGCGGGCUGUACAUUCUAGUACAAACACUGAUGCCCAAAGUAUUAGCAAUGAAAAGGACUUCAGACAUUGAAGAGUAUAUGAUCGGCGAACAAAGAACUAGAAAGAGGCAAAACUAUGUAGAAAAAAUGGGCAUAGAAAAUGAAUUUUUUGAAAAUGUUGACGAAGUCGGGCCAUCUUACGACACGAAACUUGUAGAAUCAUCUAAAGAACAAUUGCCUGCAUUUAUCCUAGACUAUGCUAAUAUGAUACGAAAUGAUAUCAUUCUAUUAGACAAUUCUGUUGAAACAAGAACUCGCAAAAGAGGAAACAUCAAAGUUGAAAAACACAAUCAUGCGGUACCCGAUCCGCCUUGCAACUGUGAGCACAACAAGGACAUCAUCGACUUGGGUGAAGACUACUACCCGCGGUUUGUCGAAAAUAGAACUUGUAGUAAACAAAUGUGUUCCGAUUUCUACAUGUGCCAAUCGAACUUAUAUGAGUUAACUGUAUUGAAAAAGAGGAUUUCUAUGCAAGAAUCUCAAGUAGAUUUACCAAGUGACUUGAGACAUCGUUGGGUGGCCGAAAAACAAAUCGUGACUAUUGGAUGCGUGUGCACUAAAAAUUAUGGCAUAAAUGGUGAACAUUAAUGUUUAUAAAGACCUCCAAAACAGACCUUAGUGUGUGACUUGAAUGUUAUUGACGAGCUUUGUAAAUUAUAGAAAAUCACAUUUAUGAUUGCUAUAAGUUAGAUAUAAAAAUAAACGACUUCUUCAUUGGUAAUUGUUUUAUUUUAGAACCAAAUGUUACAUUAUAUUAUAAACUACAUACUAUUCUAAUGUAAAAUAUCCAACGUCAUUAUCCCAUCUGGUUUGCACAUAUUGAAAAAAAUUCAAGAAAAAAAACCUCACCAAAGUAUUAUGAGAGUGAGCAGGUGUUAACUGGCUGAACCUUUUUCUAAGCAUGCCUUAUAAGACACAAUGUAUUUACACUUAAAUUCAGAAUAAAAUAACAUCCUAACUAUACAACCAUUAUUGGCUGUGGUUCUGAAAAUUCUGAACAAUAAAUAAAAUAAUGAUGCAUAAUAAAGGCCAAAAACAUUCCAAAUGGCAUUUUAUUGAUUAUAAACAGAACUAGGUAAUGAACCUAAAGCAGGACCCCGAUUGCGCUAAUUUGUAAUGUCUCCAAUUAAUUCGCGUUUCAUCUCCAAUCACGCUCCAAUAUCAUUCCAGCUGAUGUGCAAUUCAGUAUCGCGGUAAAGUUCACACGCAACACGGAUCACGGACGAACGGAUUUAUAUACACUUUCCAAUAAACGUCCGAACACUUUAUUUUUAAACUAAUAUUGCAAAAAGAGCAAAUUAACCAAAUAAACCAUUUUUCUUUCUUUCUUUCAAAUUUUUGUGAAGCGUUUGAGAAAGUUGCUUUGUGUCAUCUUUUUACACAAAGGCGCAGUUGCACUCCGUUUACGUGACGGCUUCGUUUGAACUAGCUGUCAAAACGAUACCGCGGUACGGAUUUGUGCAAACAGCUGAAUUUCGUUCGUGUUCCAGUCGCGUUGCAGUUGAAAAUGAUUACCGCAAUCGGGGUACGUAGCAGAAAGCGUUUUGACAGCUCAUCUAUGAUUUGUGACGUCAUGUACGCCUGCCGCGCCACCCCUAUCACUGAAUACGAAUAAAGUAGAUACGAUCGUAGAGGAAUUUGAGGAAAUCUAUACGAUUUACAUAUUACUGUCAAUUCACACUUGUUACAAAAACGUCAUGACCGUGCCAAACCAACGCCAUCAUGAUU